CGCUUUGACUCAAUUAACUCGCGACGCUUUAAGCCACGUAUCCUCACGCAUCUCACCUCCAAUUCAGCCCUUAUGACUGACACAGCAAAUUCCGCUCCAAUAGAGGGCUUGGAGACCGGGAUGGAGACAGCAUCCAUUUCACCCCAAGCAGACUCUAUGCAUUCUGAAGCCCCUACAAUUAAACCUGUAGAUUCUUCAGCAGUACAUGCCCAAGUAGUGACGCCGUGGGACGUACAGGGUUCCGUUUCGAGCGAUGGUCGGCAGCUCGCGAUCGACUAUGACAAGCUCAUCGACCAGUUCGGAACGCGGCGUAUCGAUCAGGCGUUGUUGGAAAGAUUUGAGCGGUUGACUGGGCACAAACCUCAUGUGCUAUUGCGCAGAGGGACUUUUUUCUCGCAUCGUGAAUUCGACAAAAUUCUUGAUCGCUAUGAGCAAGGCAAACCGUUCUUUUUGUACACCGGGCGUGGUCCAAGUAGCGACAGUAUGCAUCUUGGACAUAUGAUUCCGUUUGUAUUCACAAAAUGGUUGCAAGAUGUCUUUGAUGUGCCGCUCGUUGUUCAAUUAACGGAUGACGAGAAGUUCUUGUUCAAACAUGAACUGAAGGCAGAACAGACAUAUAAAUUUGCCUUCCAAAACGCACGCGAUAUCAUUGCGGUCGGCUUCAAGCUUGAAAGAACUUUCAUCUUCAGCGACUACGACUACCUCGGCGGGCCGUUCUACAGGAAUGUGUCUAAAAUCUCUCGCCAGAUUACCAUCAAUCAGGCCAAAGCGACCUUUGGGUUCAACGAUUCUGACAAUAUCGGGAAAAUCCACUUUGCUGCUAUUCAAGCUGCCCCUUCCUUCUCAAACUCUUUCCCUCAUAUCUUCGGCGAAGUGACCAACAUCCCCAGUUUGAUUCCCUGUGCCAUCGAUCAAGACCCAUAUUUCCGCCUCACUCGUGAUGUCGCCCAGAAGCUCAAGUAUCCCAAACCGACACUCCUGCACGCCAAAUUUUUCCCCGCACUGCAGGGCCCACAGACCAAGAUGAGCGCGUCGGACGUCAACUCUAGUAUCUUCAUGUCCGACACGCCCGGACAGAUCAAGAACAAAAUCAACAAGCACGGGUUCAGCGGUGGCAAGGAGACUGAAGAAGAACAUCGGAGACUCGGCGGAGACCCAGACGUCGAUGUCAGCUACCAGUACCUAAGCUUCUUCUUAGAUGAUGACGAGGAACUCCAGCGGAUCGGCGAAGAAUACCGCGCGGGUCGCUUACUGACUGGCCAGCUCAAGGCGAAAUGCAUACAGGUGCUCCAGGCAUUCGUGAAAGACUUUCAGGAUAGAAAGGCUCACGUCACAGACGAUGAUGUGAGGGCAUUCAUGAAUACUGACCGCAAGAUAGACCCAUCGUCAUCCAAAAAACCCAUCAUCGAUGCUUCCAAGGCAUAGGACAACAGAACAGAUGUAGGGAUGCAGUUCAUAUCGUUGUAUCUCUAUCUCUUGAUUGUAGAGUGGUUAAACCGCCUCCCGGUACCUGGCUGGGGCCUAGCGCGAUCCACAUUAAUUAUCAUUACUGAGUUACUCAUGAAGUAACUGUCAUAUAGGAUGCGAAUCUACCUGUCCAGUACCUGUCCGCUU